CACAGGUUCGGCGCACGCGAGCGCUGGGCGCGCGCAGCCGGCAGGCGGGCGAAAGUCCUCGGAGGCGCGGCGGACGGUGCCGAGACACGGGCGCUGCUGCAGGAGCAGCGGCCCGCACCCGCUGCAGCGCCGGCCACAGUCAGCGGCCCCCCGCGCCUCUUGUGGCCCGGCUCACCGAGGGAGCCCCCUACCCUUCACCCGUUCCCGCAGUGCGCGCAAUGGCCCCGCGCAAGAAUGCCAAGGGCGGCGGCGGCAACAGCAGCAGCGGCAGCAGCAGCAGCGGCUCCGGCAGCGGCAGCCCGGGCGCAGGGACCAGCGGCGGCAGCAGUAGCAGCCCCGGGGCCCGGAGAGAUACAAAGCAUGGAGGACAUAAAAAUGGGAGGAAAGGAGGACUUUCUGGAAGUUCAUUCUUCACGUGGUUUAUGGUCCUUGCGUUGCUGGGCGUGUGGACAUCAGUAGCUGUCGUCUGGUUUGAUCUUGUUGAUUAUGAGGAAGUUUUAGGAAAGCUAGGAGUCUAUGAUGCUGAUGGUGAUGGAGAUUUUGAUGUGGAUGAUGCCAAAGUUUUAUUAGGCCUUAAAGAAAGAUCUGCUUCUGAGCCCACAGUCCCAGCGGAGGAAGCUGAGCCAAGCCCUUGGCUGGGGGAGCAGGUCCCCGAGGGUUCAGGACCUCAGAAUAUUGACGAUGAAGUACAAGAACAAAUUCAGGCUGUUCAUCAUGAGACAGUAUACACAGAACACGGAGAUGACCUGCACCAAGAAGACGAUGGACCAGCCGGAACACCGCCACCGGAAGAUGAGGAUUUCCUUAUGGGAAGUGAUACAGAUGAGAGACUUGAGCCUCUGGACGCUGGAGCAUUUCAUGAAGAAACCGAAGAUAGUUACCAUGUAGAAGAGACAGCUUCACAGGUCUAUAACCAGGAUAUGGAGGAGAUGAUGUAUGAGCAGGACACCUCAGGUCCCGUGGAACCGGUAGCAGGAGGCGAAGAGAGAACGUACCACGAUGCAGAUGACAUUACAUACCAAGACUAUGAUGAACCAGUAUACGAGCCAUCAGAAAAUGAAGGGAUAGAAAGUUCAGAUAAUGCUGUAGAAGAUUCAAACAUAAUUUUAGAAGAAGCACACCUGUCUCCUGCAGAACAACAGGAAGUGCCACCAGAAACAAAUAGAAAAGCAGAUGAUCCAGAACAAAAAGCAAAAGUUAAGAAAAAGAAGCCUAAACUAUUAAAUAAAUUUGAUAAGACUAUUAAAGCUGAACUUGAUGCUGCAGAAAAACUUCGUAAAAGGGGAAAAAUUGAGGAAGCAUUGAGUGCAUUCCAAGAACUAGUUCGCAAAUACCCUCAGAGUCCACGGGCGAGAUAUGGAAAGGCACAGUGUGAAGACGAUCUGGCCGAGAAGAGAAGGAGCAAUGAGGUGCUUCGUGGGGCCAUCGAAACCUACCAGGAGGUGGCCAGCCUGCCCGACGUCCCCACAGACUUGCUGAAGCUGACCUUGAAGCGACGCUCAGACAGACAGCAAUUUCUGGGUCAUAUGAGGGGUUCCCUGAUUACUCUACAGAAAUUAGUUCAACUAUUUCCUGAUGAUACUUCUUUAAAGAAUGACCUUGGAGUGGGGUACCUUUUGAUAGGAGACAAUAACAAUGCCAAGAAGGUAUAUGAAGAGGUUCUGAAUGUGACGCCUAAUGAUGGCUUUGCUAAAGUGCAUUAUGGCUUCAUCCUGAAGGCGCAGAACAAAAUUGCUGAGAGCAUUCCCUACUUAAAGGAAGGAAUAGAAUCUGGGGAUCCCGGCACUGAUGAUGGCAGGUUUUACUUCCACCUGGGGGACGCCAUGCAGAGGGUUGGGAACAAAGAGGCCUAUAAGUGGUACGAGCUUGGGCACAAGAGGGGACAUUUUGCAUCCGUGUGGCAGCGCUCCCUCUACAACGUCCACGGACUGAAAGCCCAGCCGUGGUGGACCCCAAAAGAAACGGGCUACACAGAACUGGUGAAGUCCUUAGAAAGAAACUGGAAGUUAAUCCGUGAUGAAGGCCUCACAGUGAUGGACAAAACCAAAGGCCUCUUCCUGCCUGAAGAUGAAAACCUGAGGGAGAAAGGUGACUGGAGCCAGUUUACGCUGUGGCAGCAAGGAAGGAAAAAUGAAAAUGCCUGUAAAGGAGCUCCUAAAACCUGUUCUUUACUCGAUAAAUUCCCGGAGACGACAGGGUGCAGAAGAGGACAGAUCAAGUAUUCCGUCAUGCACCCAGGAACUCACGUGUGGCCGCACACGGGGCCCACCAACUGCAGGCUUCGAAUGCACCUGGGCUUGGUGAUUCCCAGGGAAGGCUGCAAGAUCCGAUGUGCCAACGAGACCAAGACAUGGGAAGAAGGCAAGGUGCUCAUCUUUGAUGACUCUUUUGAGCACGAGGUGUGGCAGGAUGCCUCGUCUUUCCGGCUGAUAUUCAUCGUGGAUGUGUGGCACCCAGAGCUGACCCCGCAGCAGAGACACAGCCUUCCUGCGAUUUAGCAUCUUGUGCAGGUUUGGGACCCGCCAGAGACAGGCUGCCUUUCUGCAUCCAUCUCCUUGGGUAUAGGGACAGAGGUUCCAAGCUGGAGGCCCUUGAUUCCUUUGACUUGCAGCCCGAAAAAUUCUAAGGCUCGUCCUAGGAUUCGAAGACACUAAAAGGAAUAUUCGCCUCGCUGCAGUUGUGUAGGAAGUGCUCUGCUGAACUUGCUCCCACGACGGCACCCCUCUGAUGCCACAUUGUCAGCCAAAGAUGCUUUUUUCACUUAGAAGAGGCCUAAAUCGGUGUACAAUGACAAUGUAUGUAGAAACUGUGAAUGGAUCGCUUUAGUCUGUAAUCUUUCUAUGCAAUUAUAUUUUUCUAGGGUAGCCAGGCAAUUCUGUCAUCAUGUACCACUACUUUCUUGUUGAUUUUGAUAAUAAGCUGUGUAAAUGCUUUACUUCUAGCUGUUUAAUGGUAACUUUCCUCGUGAAUCCACACUUCCCUCUUUUAAUUAUUUUUAGUGAAAGACACUCAUAAAAGAAGCAAUUGUAUUUUCCUACUACAAAGGAGAAUGGUGUAAUUAUGCUGAUAUCUGUGGACCGUACUACUUCCUACCAACCGAGUCUGUUUGCUUUUUCAUAUCGUCAUUGAAAGAUGGUGUCUUAAUUUUUCUCCUUGCCUUGCAAAUGGUAGAGACUCUGUCUUUCUGAGAGGAACUUUUACACUGAUACAAGACCUGGAAUCAUUUUAUAUUGAGUUAUAAAAGUGCCACAUGUAAAUUUUUUUACUGCCAAGAAUUAGGACCUGAAAGAGUAACAUAUCUCAGAGUAAAAGUUUUCUCUCAGGAUCAAGUAGAUAGGGGCUCUAGGAGCUCAGGCUCCGUGGCUUCUUUGCCAUCUAAGAAAGGGAAUCCAGAGUACAGAGGUCUUUAUGGGGAUCCCCACCACAGUUUUGUAAAAAUAUGAAAGAUGGCAGAGUGGAGGACCCAGAAUGCCAGGAUCUUAUUCCUGCGUUUAGGAUGUCCAGAAGAGUAUUAAUGCAUUAAAUGCUGCAUGGUUCCAAUCAAAACUACAAAUGUUAGCUGUAUGAAUGUAAUGAUAUUCAUGUACCUGAAUUUAAGCCAAUAUGAACAAAAAUGCAGAAGAAAUGACACAGCAGUUACCAAAUCUCAUUCAUGGGUAGAAAAAAACACUUGUGCUUCCUUUCCAUCUAGGGACGAAGGAGGAUGCUUCAUGUCUUUUACAAAGAGUUCUUUAACGUUGAAAUGGAUCCUUUUUGCUUUCAGUGAGAAGGGUUUGCAAAAUAUCUUGUUCCCUUCUGCUUUGCCAAAACAAUCCCACUAAAAUAGAUGAAGAAGCACAUGAGGAAAGUAUCACAAUUACCAAAGUCCAGAAGAAAAAGCAAACUCUUGACAAAUCAAAAGGUGUUGUGUCCUUCCGUAUUUAUUGAACAGAAGAAAUGACUGACAAAGGGCAGUACAAUCCAAUGCUCAUGUAAGAACAUUCAUGUCACUUACUGAAUUUGGUUCUUGUAUGUAUAUUGCAUACACAUAAAGAAAUUUAAAGUAUAAGUUGUCAGUGUUAAACCCUCAUCUUACAUUCAUGUAAUGAAAUCAUGGAAUAGAGUAAAAACUAGCUCUUAACUUAAUGAUAAUAUGGUAUUUAAAAUCAGGUCACUACAGUAGGUUCUAAGUAUUGCCAAUUGAAAAACCAGAGUUCUUAUUACUGUUGCAAAGUGUUGGCAAUAAUCAACCCUGAAAGCAUUUUAAACACUUGGAUCCCUCAACUAUUUUAUAAACGCAAGUAAUAAAAUGGAUUUUCUAAUUCACUUUAAUUCUUGAUCUUUCUUCCCUGUGUCAUGGAAUAUAAGAAAAGUACUUCAGUCACUGCGUUGGUAGAAUGAUUUCAGUGUUACUAUUUUAUUAUUUGAAAUGUCUACACAAAGUGAACUGGUUUUACUUGCACUGUGAUACAAUUGGUUGAGAAAUAUUUUUAAUUCUAUUUCAAUUGUAUUUCAAGGGUAGAAUACAAAAAUUACUUCUCUUAUUCCCCUCUACCAGUAGAAAAAAAAUUAAAACACUAGAUUCAUUGAGAAAGAGAUGUAAUAAAUGGUUAUGACUAGUAAUAAUUAUCCAUUGAGGGUGAUGAUGGCCAGUUGAAACACCUCAUUUCUUUGAAUUUUUUAGUUAAUCCUCCCAAAUACUUAAAACAUAAAAUCAUAUUUUUCUGCCCAUUAUCAACUAAAAUAUUUUUUAUUUGACUCUGAGCACCAACUGGUCAUACUAAUAAAUGCCCAUGUCAUGCAAAUGGCUGGGAAGAUAAGAUAUGUAAAAACAUACAACUGGUUUUGGGAAAUAUGGCACACGUAAGGAUAUCAGACCCUAUGAUAUCUGUUUAUAUUUUUAUUUCAUUUCCUUUGAAUAGAUAGUUGGGGACUCCAUUCCUCAGGAGAAUAGACAAAGAACUAAAAUGAUCUUUGGCAUUUUAUCCCUCAAUCCUAGUCUUCUCUUGUUUUCCGUAUUUGCAUAUUUAGCCAUCUUUAAAGGUCUUCCUCCAUGACUGAUAUCUACCCUCUCAACAACAGCCAGGUUCCUUCUCCACACCUUUAACUGGUUGCGGGGGCGGGAGGGGGAGCUAAAUGCUUUAGUAGCACUUUUCUUUGCUGUAGUGACCCAAGUGAGGCAAUUUGAAUGGAUUUGUUCAUCACUGACAUGUGUUUUCAAUGCGACCCUACCCCUCCCCCGCAGAUACAUGUUGCCUGUGACAAGUCACAUUAUUAAGAUGAAACAAUCAUAUUUCAAGUUGUGUGUGUCUUCCUUUAAAGUCAGAUCAUGGUAAUCAGCUGGUGGCCUGAAAGAAAAAUGUGACGUCAAAAUCAUUCUUGCAGGAUAUCCAAAUAAGCAAACUCUGCAAAUAGCCAGACCUACAAGCACAUGCCCUUCGGCUGAACAAUUUGAUGCUGGUGAUGAGGUCAAAGAAAAUAAUUCAAUAAGAAUGGAAAUUACUGGAGAUAUUACUGUCUUGGGGCUUUGCACUUAACAUCGAGCUUGACAAUUGUGUCUGCGCAGCUUAAUUCUGAUGUAUCUACUUGGAAAUGCGCUUAAUCUUAAAUCGCAAGACUUGGAAAGGGUGUCUGCGGUGCCUCAGAAAAAUUCUUGUCCUAAUGGCA